AGAACGGGAGUGGGAGAAGUAGUUUGUCAUGACGGAGUGUCCCGGGGGAGCUGGAGCGGGGUCUGGGCCUGGGCCUGGGUCUGGGUCCAGAUGCGGGGUGACAGGGACAGGCACUGUGCAGCCCAUUGGGGCCGAGGGCCUGGUGGCCCUGCUGGAGGGGGGGCUGGACCGGGUGCUGCUCAUCGACAGCAGGCCCUUCGUGGACUACAACGCCUCGCACAUCCUCGAGGCCAUCAACGUCAACUGCUCCAAGCUGAUGAAGAGGCGGCUGCAACAGGACAAGGUGCAGAUUGCAGAGCUCCUUCAGCACUCGGCCAAAAAGAAGUUGGAGUUUCAGGGUGGUCAGGAGGUGGUUGUGUAUGACCAGAGCUCAUCAGACCCAGCAGCGUUGUCCUCUGAGGCCUUCCUUAGUGUCCUUUUGGCCAAGCUGGAGAGGAGUUUCCCCUCUGUCCACUUACUCUCAGGUGGAUUUGCUGAGUUUUCCCACCUCUUCCCUGGCUUGUGUGAGGGUAAGUCUACCCUGGUGCCCUCCUGUAUGUCCCAGCCCUGCCUGCCAGUUACCAACAUUGGACCCACCCGCAUCCUGCCCCACCUUUACUUGGGCUGCCAGAGAGAUGUCCUAAACAAGGAUCUAAUGCAGCAGAAUGACAUUGCUUACGUCCUAAAUGCCAGUAACACCUGCCCCAAGCCUGACUUCAUCCCAGAGUCCCAUUUCCUUCGCGUUCCUGUCAAUGACAGCUUUUGUGAGAAGAUCCUUCCUUGGUUGGACAAAUCAGUGGAGUUCAUAGAGAAGGCUAAAGCCUCCAAUGCACGGGUCCUGGUCCACUGUCUUGCUGGCAUCUCCCGCUCAGCCACAAUCGCCAUUGCCUAUAUAAUGAAGAGAAUGGACAUGUCCUUGGAUGAGGCGUACAGAUUUGUGAAGGAGAAAAGGCCAACCAUCUCUCCAAACUUCAACUUCUUGGGCCAGCUGCUGGAUUUUGAGAAAAAGAUCAAAAGUCCCCAUGGUACUGAGACAAAGUUCAAGUCCUUCCAUCCAGAGCAGAGUUGUGAGGCCUCCCCUCAGCCGGAGGGGCUAGACGGUGCUCAGGAGUCUCCAGUAAGUCAGGAAUCUGCCGUGAGCCCCGGCCUGGCCUUACUGGAGCCCCUCACCCUCCCAUGUGUGUUAGCUGAUGCACCUGAGGAGCGGCUCCUAGCGCAGGCUCUAAGUGGCCUGCAGCUUGCAGAGGGGACAGAGGACAAUGCCAGGCUCAAACGUUCCUUCUCAUUGGACAUUAAGUCAUAUGGUGAAGCAGGCAGUAACACCACUCACCGUGUCUUUGUCCCUCAUGCUGGAGCAGGGGACACCUCAGAGUACUUCAAACCUUCCACCUUCAAAGAACCCGCCAGCAAGCCCUGCCAGUUCUCCCCAGUGGAAGAGGUAUCGGAGCAGUCCACUCCAGAACAAAGCCCCGACAAGGAGGAGGUGAACGGGCCAGAGACUGUCAAACCAACAGCCUCCAGCGCAUUCUCUACCACAUCUGCCACCACUACCAGUGCCAAGCAACCGAGCACUGUCAAGCCUCCAGCAGCUACACCACAUUGCUCCCAUCAGCUCCAUCGAAGUGGCAGUAUGGAGGAGAAUACCCACACUGCUAAUUUCUUGUUUGGUCUGUCCCGCAGUCAGCAGCAGCUGGCAAAGCCCGGUGCUGGUGGCGCACUCAAAGGGUGGCACUCAGAUAUCCUGCUGGGACCUGUCACAGUUUCUACUUCCUCAUUGGCAGGUGGUUGGUACCUUUCCUCUGAGUCCACACGGUUUUACUCAACCUCAGCUAUUCUGAGUGGUGGGGGCUUUACAGCCUACAGCUGCAGCCAUGGCUUGGAGGCGGUGCGACGGCGCGGUCGCCAGAGGAGUGGUGACCUAGGAGACUCGCGCCGGAGCUGGCACGAAGAGAGCACCUUUGAGAAGCAGCUGAAACGUCGCAGCUGCCAGAUGGAGUUUGGUGAUGGCAUGUCGGAGAGUCGGUCCCGGGAGGAGAUGGGUAAAGUAGGAAGUCAGUCGAGUUUCUCUGGUAGCAUGGAGAUCAUAGAGGUGUCCUGAGAAUGAUUAUCUGGACAUCCACUGAUGUCUCAAGUUACCUAAGGAUUUGGUAUAUUUUCAGAAAUCUCCCAUUCCAUUGGGAUAAUACUGUACUCUGAACCAACCAUAGAUACUGCUUGGGCUAGACCUUGAACUCUACUGGCACUAUAAUAAAAGUGCUUUUGUUCCAACAGCCUUAAAUGUAGUAGAGAGUAACUCUCACCUCGGAAGCAGCUGUGUGUUACUGAAUGUGAUGAAGAGGAUGCAUAACACCCUUAAAGACAUUUUUUUCACUGAGGACUGAGCCUUUCAAUGUUAUGUCUUGAUUGAAGAUGGGUGUUGCUCAUCAUUUUCUGAAUUUGUUUUCAUUCUCAUCAGCCCAAUAUGUCUGCCAGACAUUGUAAAUCUUCUUACUAGUACAAGGAACCUUAAAUGAAGCCUGAUGAUAUUGAACUGGAAUGGGGAAGUUUACCAUAUCCAUCUGUUCUUCUAUGUGCCCCUGAAGGUUUCAAAGUCUCAACUAUCCAGUACCUCACAAAUCCAAAUUAAAACAUUUUUGUGUGUUUUGUUUUCUCUCAUUUUGAGUAGCUCAUUGACAAUUAAAAUCUCAGGUGUUACUUGAGCUGCAGGGAAAGACUAAUGAACAGUUCCCCAUAAAAGGUAUGGUUGAAAAUUGUUCUGGUAUGACUUAGAAAAGAUUUGAAGACUGAUAGGCCUGUGCUUGAAAGCUUUGAAUACCCUCUGUCACUUCAGCUGUACAAGGAUCAGUGCUCCCUACUCUGAUCCUUGCAUGCUAAAUGUCCUGUGGAAAAAGGUCAUGAUUAGAGCUAGUUGGGUAAGAGGUGUUGGAGGGGUCGCACAGGCAGAACAUUGAUUUAGCAAGUGCUUUUAAUAAUAAAGAGGCUGGGACUCUUGUUCAAAGAACAUGUUGCCGCAACAGAGAGCAAACAUACAUUGGAACAGAUGGCAAAGUGUUGUUUAGAUGACAAAAUGAACUCAUUGGGGUCUAGAAAGUUGAUGCCUCAGUUGGAUGACUCACAAAAGUUUAUAUCAUUCGCAUUUAAUGUUGCACUACUGUGGUUUGAGAAUGGUUUUGAUUUAAGAAAAAAAAAAAAAAAAAAAGUACAAAACGGUAUAAGACACAAUGCUGUGCUUCUGAGUGUGUAUGAGUGUGUGUGCGCAUAUGUUUGAUGCCCUCAGACCACUACCUGCCUUAAGGUAACAAAUUAGCAAGUGUCACCAGUCCUGAUAUCGAGCUCAUUGGUAUUAUUUCUCUUCAGGGACAGAAAUGAACUAAUUAGAAGACUGUUAGAGAUUCAUUAAGUGGAGAAAAUACAGUAUCCUCAGUGAAUGAAUGAAUGAGAAUGAGCAAGAGUUGAAACACCAUGGUUCUUGGGCCACUACCACCUUGAAGUUGUUCAUGGGGGCUGUUUGAUCACAAACAAAUGAAUGGCUUCUGGAGUACAAAUGGCUACUGUGCCCAGUACCCAGCUGUUGAUUUGGAGUUCACUCUCACUUGCUAGUCCUCAGAUAUUUGAUAAAAGCUGUUGGCCAAGGCCCUGUCACUGAGAAGCUUGAAGCAGGGAGUGGCCAGUGGCUCAUCGGCUCCUCUGUCUUUGACCAGUUUGGUUACCACACCCAUCAGCAACUCAUAUAUCUUUACCCAGAAAUAGGCCUCCCUAAACUAGAACAACAGGCUCCACCAGCACUUCACACCAGUCACAUGGGCAACUUCUUUGCAGAUGACAUAAUAGCAAUAGGGCAUACGCAGCUCAGUCUGGGACAGCAGAUUACUUAACUUAUUCCAAGAAGAAAAAUGCUGUCCUGUGAUCCCGUACACAUGGGAACCUAUCCCACUUGAUCUUUAGGGACACUAUUAGACCAUGAUCACAUAGGAUGCUUUUUGGAGUGCACCUGCGCCUUUUUUUCGUAGUUGUCGUCAGUGGUUCUUCAGUGAAACAGGGUGGUGCAUUUUGUGGCACCACUGUUACGCCUUUUCAACCAACAAGGAACUGGUUCUGUUCUAGUUUGCUAACCUAAUUUUGAACUGUUCUAAGCAUUUUGACCAAAAGUAAAUUAUCUUGAUAUCUGAAAAGUUGGUUCUCAACUGGAACCAAAAAAUAGUGGGGCCUGAAGUGGGAACUGUGACCACAACAAGAGUGGUUGUGUUUGAUUCUAUAGAGAAAGAUGGAGAUGACAGAAAAAUUGAAGAGUGUGCAGUGGUCUGCUGAAGAAACAAAACUAUUGGACAUUCCAGAAUUCCCCUGGUUGGGAUCAAUAAAGUAUAUCUAUCUAUCUAUCUAUCUGAAUUUCAGGAGAAAAUGGAGGAGAGUACUAGAAAGUUAAUUGUAUCUCAAAAUGCCCAGGACCAAAUUAUUAAAACGUGGUGCUGGAUGGGAUAAUAUGGGGUAGUUACAUGACCUCCCUGAUGACCAGCAAACCAGCGACACCUCCGUCACAAUGGACCCACUCCAAACUAAUGCAAACACAGGUGGGGUCACUAGUUGCCACCUUGGUUCCAAGAAUCCAGAGCAGAACUUGUUCAAGAACCAGAACCGUUUUGGUCGAAAAAAGGAACAUGCGCUCAUACUGAAGUUGUCUGAAUUUGAGUCAUAAUGUGCAUGACAUCACACUCCCAGUCUUGGCAGUACUCGCAGACGAGAUGAUAAACCUGUUGGUUCUGGGCAGGAUCUUAGCAGGAUGUCAACCUCAUCCUGUUUAAGAAUGGACUUCUUCAAGGGCAAGCAUAGCUGUCUCUUGUCCACUGUCAUUUUCAACGGCUUAACUACUAACGUCAGUCUUUUUUGUCACAUAGCAUCCUGAACAAUGUAACGCUCGGUGGGUCCUUUGAUCACUUGCUCUCUCUGUUGCUUGCACCCGAGCUGUGUCUGAGCAGGAGAAAAAGAAAAAGCCUCCUAUCUGAUCACGGCCUCAGCUUUGCCAAAGCUUCUCCUCCAAGGCUUUACCAUAUUUCUACGUUCCUCUUACACUUCUACAUGUAGAAGAGGCGAAAGUAGCAAGUAUGAGAUUAAAUUUGAUAGAGAACUACAGUAUAUAGUUGCUGAAUCCUGAAAACAGAUUUUGUAUGCAGCUUGUUCAUACAGGAUGUAGAGUGAAGCCACAUAGGCUACAGCUACUGGUGCUCUCAGUUGCCUGUCACCAGCCAACACUGUUGCCUUUGGAACAGUUCAGCAUAAUUUAGGUUUUCCACAUCCCUGUCUAAGAGUCUGACAUUAGCCAGGGGUCGGUUGUAUGGGUGAUAUUAUUUCCUGUGUUCACAUCCAACAGAUGAUGACUAGUGAGUCACUGAAUGUGGAUCUAUCAGGCUGGCAGCUUGCUUACACAUUUUCAAUUGUGGAUUUUUUUUUUAAUCAUGAUGUUUCAAAUAAGCAAUUAAUUCAUGAGUUUGAAAAAACUUUAGGGUUAAUACCUGGGUAUAUGUAGAGGCCAAUCAAGUAAUACCUGCUUAUAGCAAUAAUGUCAUAAAACUAAAUGCAAUAAAUCAUGUAAUGUUAUAAAAAGCCAUCAAUGUAACAAAACCCUGAGAUAAUAACAUAAUACCAUGUUUUAUAAUAGCUUUUUAUGUUAAAGUUUCUUAACAGUGUAAUUACAUCAAUCAAUAAUGUAAUCAUAUUCAUAAAGCUAUUCAGAAGUAAGAGCGACACUAACUGACAGUGAAUUGGACAAAAUGUUAAAUACUGCCAAAAUCUUGAAAUGGCAACUUGAAGUUGCCAAGAUUUUGUUCCAUUAUUGGCUUUUAAUACAUUAUAGGCUUUAUUUCAUUUAGUUUUAUUACAUUUUUGACAUUUCUUACUAGAGUUGGAGAAGGUGAUCUCUAUGUUCCCAAACAAAUUCAUAUUCCUUUUGUGCCUUUGAAUCAAAUGUAUGAUGCUGGUAUGUCUCGGUCAUGUCUUUGUAUGAUUUUAUUGCAUCUUUUUGUUUUUCUUUGUUUUGUUUUUUUUUUUUGUUUGUUUGUUUUUUUGUCAACACAAGGGUGUGAGUUGAAAAGUAACGUAUACGUUUGAAGGCUUCUCCAAAGCUGUGAAAAUGUACCUGUGCGUGGGAAUUCCGAAGUAAACAUUAGGAUUUGACCGAUAUGGGUUUUUGAUGGCCGACAGAGAUAUUUUUGUAUUGAAGCUGCUGAUCGCGCUGCUAAUUUAGUGUUUGACCAUUUUAUACCAAAAACUCCAUGUAGUCAAUGUUUCCACCGGUGGAAAAGCCUCUGAAACAGCAUUUAGACCAUCAUGGGACAUCAAAACCCAGACUAAUGAAACUUUUAGGAAUAGCGGCUCUUUGAAGUGAUAAUCUGCAAGGUUUGUGUUUGUGUUGAUUUUGGCGACACCUUUGAUGAUAAGUGGUUAUUGCUCACCUGUUUUGCACUCUAUGUAGGCACUGGCCCAACAUACUGUUAAUAAAGACACUCAAUCUGGACUGCAGCCUCUGAUAUUUCUUCCACCCUGUGUUACUGAUUCCAUACAACCUCCUGUCAGUUGCUUCUGUCAGUAUAAAAUGCAUCACUUCUCAUGCGGCAGAGGAUUUUUACAGGAAAAGGACCACAGCAAAUGUCAAACUUUUAAUAAAUUCACUAUGACUGAAUCACUAUUGUAUUGUAUGGAGAAGAGCAAAACAUUUGUUUGUUUAAAUGAAAAAAUUGCAGAUUAUCACUUUAAAGCAGGGAACCCUCCCCCCUCCAUAAUUAUUCAGUGGAAAGGAUACUCUGGGAUACAUUAGAAUAAUAUUUUUAGAUAAUGAUGCACAGUAAAGUAACAAAAGGACUAAGUAUAACAUGCAGAGAAAAUAAAAUGUCAUGACAAGUAGUUUUUCUUCAGCUGUGGUCAGGAAAGAACUUCCAUGAUAUCAGCAGUGGACAGCAUGUCAAGCUAAUGUCUGAUGUUUUGCAUUUGCUAACAUUGGAAUCAGCCCCAAUGCACUUUGAAUGGACUAAUUUAGAGAUGAGGCUUUGUGAAGUAUGACCGUAUUUGAUUUAAUUCUAUCGUGGUUGAUUCUAUAUGGUUCAUAUUCCAAUGUUGGCCGAUGAGGACUGAUUUAAGGCCAGUAUCGGCAAACCAGUAUAUCGGUCUAAUCCUUGUAAAGGCAACAUAGGGAUCCAUCGUGAAUGAGUCAUGGACUUUGGUCACGUCAAAAUACUCACCAGAUUUUCUGCAACUAGCAAGACUAAACUGCGCAGACAUCCACUGGUUGAUAUCUAAAGCAACAAUUCCAAACUUCACUCUAUCCAACAGAUAAAAAUGAAGCCAUUGAUUAGCUAGCUGAUCACAUUCCUGGAUCGGGAAAGGAUUUUCAGUGUAUAUGAAAAAUUUGUAAAGGACUUAACAGAUUAGAUGAAAGAUGGUACCUGUAUGAAUCUGUGAGAGCGUAGGCCUGUGUAUGAGAACAUAGCUUAACUUGUGUCACUGUGCGUAGGUGUAUGAAGUUAAAGAGGCACUAGAUGUAUGAUGACUGUUGAAAUAAAAUCUGAAAUGGUA